AGAGACGCUAUACGAUACCACAGCAUAAUAUGCUGUGACGAUACUCUGCGAUAUCGUCAACCGUCUAGCAAAAUACAAUACCGCGACAGUACGGUCACAGAAUGAAGGUAUCAUAAAAUACAGACCCAUCUUUAUCAUAGAUGAGACAUGAGACGUCACUGUAUGGCAUUUUUGUACAGGGUUCGGGCACAGAAUAUCGGAACUACAGUACAGGUUAUAUAAAAGUGGAAAAUGAAUAUUUUAAAUAAAAGUAGGAGUUUUCGUCAUAUUUUUUCAGUCUCCAGACUAUACAGCUCAAAUACUAGACAGGAAAUAGAGAAAUUAGUAAAAAAUAAUAAAGUUGUAGUUUUUAUGAAAGGUGUUCCUGAACAACCUCAAUGUGGCUUUAGCAAUGCAGUAGUCCAAAUUUUGAGAAUGCAUGGAGUAACUUAUGAUUCUCAUAACGUUUUAAAGGACGAAGCUCUCCGAAAAGAAAUAAAGGAAUAUUCAAACUGGCCAACAAUUCCUCAGGUUUUUAUAAAUGGCGAAUUUGUGGGAGGUUGUGACAUUAUGCUUCAAAUGCAUCAGUCAGGUGAUUUGAUUGAGGAAUUAGAAAAAGCAGGUAUUCAUAGUGUUCUUCUGGAUAAGAAAAAAGAUCAAGAGAAAUGAUACUAAAAACGUGUACCUACAUCCCUAUUAUUCAUUUUUAUUAGACAUAAUUACUGUAAUAUAAACUUGAUAUUGUUUUGUGCCAUUUCAAUUCACCAUAUAAUUUGAUGAUGUACACAUGUAUUUUUCUUCACAACUUAACCAAAUGUCAAUCAUUCCUUGAAGACAAAGAAAAUGAGAUGAAAACAUUCAAAUAA